UAUAUGAUAGCACAACAACCUGCGAGAAACAUAGAAUAAAAUCCCGGAGUCACAUGAGGGACUCAUAACCACCAUACACCGGUGUGAGAAUCAGUGGUUCGUUUAGGGCACAGUUGAAUGUAGGUAUCAGUAGGUUACCGGUACGAGUACGGUAGAGACGUGGAUUGGGCGGAUCUCUAACGGCGGUUGAAUGGAAUGAGUCACCGAAUGGUGUGCUCACCUACCCGGACAUGAAGCGGGUGUCUCUCCAGUGCUGAUAUCGUGGCAUUUACCAUAUCGCACUAACCUUAGUACAGCGUAAUGAAUACGGUCGUACCUUAUCGAUCGUGGUGGCGGUGGGGGGCAUCGGUCGGGUUGAACCACUAUAAACCUACAAACAGUCCCUUCUGGCUCUGAAGCGAAAUCGAAGCAGCAUUACACUGUGCGGCAAGAUCUGUUACCUGUGAUACAGGACUCUUACAAGCAUGACACCUAAAUGAUACCGCGCUGUGCUCCAGAAGAUCCUCCGGGUGUCGGGUAGUGAUGCACGGCUUCUUUUGAGAAGUUGGGAUCGACUGAAUAUUAAUCUCAUUUAUCCGUUGCCCUGAAAGAUCUUGGCAUCACGGCUAUCGCCACUUCUCCAGUGCUCCACCGAUUGCCUCACUGUACUCGAGUACAUUAGUCUAUCGGUACUCGUCAGUUGCUGCUUGCUCUCACCAGAGCCUCAUUCUUUUUCCACCUUUCCUCCGGCUCCCACAAUAAAGGAUGCCAACAAUCCAAGUCCUCCCUAAUACCUCGACGAGCAGCGGUGCAAACUGGACUUACUCGAAUCUGCCUCCCGCCUUAGCUCAUACAAACUCUCUGCCGAGCAACACGCCCAGAGCACCACGUGCCAAACGCGCAAACAACACGGAAAACAGCGCUGCUAGGCAAAAGCAGAUAAAUAGUCGGAUCCUCGACCUCGAGAGGGAUAACUAUAGGGAUGCUGCGAUAGUCGUUGGAAAGGGCGGUGUGGCGGGGAGGUGUGAGUACGCCUUCCAUCACUACCAGGGGGUCGGGUGAGGGUAACUGACAAUUACUCUUAAGCUUCCUCCCGGAACAAGUCACAGAACGUUCGUCGAAUAUUAGCCUCACAAAAGACUUUUGCGAACCAUCUUGCCGAUGAAGAGGCUCUCCAUCCCAUCCCUGCUGCGGCGCACAGGCAACGCGUGGAAGAGGAAGAUGGAAUGGAUUUGGGCGGGGUUAUGAGGGAAGGCCUUGUGAACACUCAGGACCCUGGACAACCGCUUGGGUACGCUGCCUCCGCCUCCAGGCCAUCGGCAAGGCCAAAGAGAGUUUUUUGCGAGAUCUGCGGCUACUGGGGCAAGUACAAGUGUCAGAAAUGUUCGGCUAGGUAUUGUGGGCUUCAGUGUGGUGGGGUCCAUUCUGAGACUAAAUGUAAUAAGUUUUAUGCCUGAAUUGGAAAUCUCUGCGUGGGGCUUUGUGGGGUCUGCUCUGUGUUUGUAUGGAAGGUGGUGUUUUUGGAUUGUUUUGUGCUCUUUGUCUGGAGAAGCAAUUACUGCGCACGAGAGCAACAUGAGAAAUCCCACGUACAGCACUGUACCGGUAUCGAUACCCGAAGCCAUCAGGGGAGCCAUGGGUCGACAUGGGGGUUAUCACCAAUUACACGGCUGGCCAUGUAUGAUAGAAAUAUUCGGUUGGGCUGGAUGAAGGGUGGGAAUGGAUGAUAGGGUGGGAAUCUGAUUUUUUUUUUCGCACUCUACCCGUAGUUUACCUGCUACAUGGCGGCGGCGGCGGAAAAAACAGGGCGAGGGCCGGAGCAGCGAGCGGUAGCUAUUAGACUGCAGAAUUGACGGCGAACUGCAAGGUGGUAAAUGGGUGAGUGAGUGGCGGGUGGCAGGUGGUCAGCGAUACCACACAGCCAUCAUAAUCCAGACUAAUUCAUUAGCCAGCUGAGGGUGGGUGAAUGGUCGAGUCAGGUUGUAGCACUGAAGCACGAAGACAAGGGAGA